CAGACUGUCGUUACAUCACAUUACUGAGAAACUGCAAAGACGCAUAAACACCCUGUGUCCCGAAAGUUACAGCUUUACCUCAGACUGUUACUGGAGACUCCUUUCAAACAUCUUCCAUGAACAUCUCCUUACUGUGGUGUUUAAAACGUGUCUGAACCCCGGCCAGGGGCACAAACAGCUCUGGAGCUUCUGUAGAACUGCUGCAGAACCGCUGCAGAACCACAGAGCGAGGUGGUCUUCAGGUGGUCUUCAGGUGCAGCCUCUGAACAGAGGCCCAAGUUCUUCCACACCUAUCGCAGGAAUCGACUGUUGAAAAAUGGCUGGUCUGAACAGAUCGUUCUUCUCUCACGUGUUCACAGGACUGCUGACUACAGCAAUAAUGGCAGAGUUCCUCCUGGCUGUCCCACUGACCCAGCUUUCCACUGAACAUGGUACAGAAAAGAUCAAUGCUGAGCCGAGCUCUUUCAAAAGAUUAAUCCGCAACCGUAGGAACAUCAGCUGGUACAAACAACACUCUGAUUUCUGGAACUGGUACAAGUUCUUCACCGACUCUGGAAACCAGCAGGGAGUUGCAGAACUGGACCGCAUGUAUCUGGCGUACCUUCAGAACAAGAACCGUGCCGAAAACCAGCGAUCCUACAAGCUCUACCUGCAGCAUCUGAGUGAAAUCUACAAGUCAUGUGCUGAUUCUGAAGACCCAAACUGCUUGGCCUCAUACCUCAGCAGGUCCAAAGCCAAGCCUGAGCCACAGACACCGGCACCAGUUAGGUCAUGUGAUCCUUUCAGGGAUCCACAAUGUCUCCAGGCUCUGGGAUACAGUGCUUAUCCAUAUGUGGCCUCUGCAAAGUCUGCAGCUCCUGCCCCUGCUCCUGCUCCUGUUAAAACUCCAGCGUACAUCCGAACCCCUGCGGUGAAGGACACGAGUUAUGGUCAGUAUUAUUAUGCCCCUGUGGCACAGUCCUUCCUUUCUCCUGAGCAGAAAGCCGAGCUCUUGCGUAUUUGCGGUGCUGAUGAUGUCGAGUGCCUGCAGUAUCACUUCCGUGGCGCUUAUGGCUACAAACCCGCUGGCGUCCCAGCUCCAUCUUACGCCCAUCUGGGCUCCUCCUCACAGAAGGUUCCGAAAGCCCCAGCCAGCUUAUAUCGUCGCUACCCCAACUGCGAUCCUCGUGUCGACCCGAACUGUGCCUACGCCGGAGUCUCAGCUGCUCAGAAAUCAGACACACCAGCUGAGAGAUUCUGUAACCCACUUUAUGAUGAGAACUGCAACCCACUGACAGGGAUCAGGUAUGCUGGAGCAGCUACUCAAUCAGAAGAUCCCAAAGAUGAUCCUGCUUCUGUCGCAGGCACUCCCCAGGAGCUGCAAAACUCCCAUUAUGAUCCCUAUUCCAUGUUCCAGGAUGCUGCUGCAGCUUCUUCUGCUAUGCGUAGGCUUCCGUCUGGUUCACGCCAAAUUCCACAGCACCACCUGCCACCCACUAUGGAGGAGAACUCCCAAUCAUUUGGACCUCCUGGAAAGACCAAGGAAGGCUAUGAUUGCUUUAUUGGUUAUGAUGAACAGUGCUACCCAAUUGGAACCCAGAAUGUCCUCAAUGCAGUCCCACAAAGGCAGGUUCCACAUUCAAUGGAGACCUACGAGCCUCACCUCAAUGCAGAUGGCUCCAGAAAGGGUGUGAUUGAACCGGAUCCUCAUUGCGACCCCGAGUAUGACAGUAAUUGCCGCCUGCGUCGUUAUGAGCCUGAGGCUGAAGAACCAGAGAUGGACGUAUCCCACAAGAAUGACCGUGAGCACCAAGAUCACAGGGAGGAAGCUGCUCACCCUGAGGAUCAGAGGGAGGAGGUCUACCCUGAACAACAGCCAGACAUGAACAACCAAGGCUAUGAUCAGCAGCAGUAUGACCGCUACAUGAGUGGCCAGGAGGAUCCUUAUGCCUCUUAUGAUCAGCCAAAUCAAGGUUCCAUCAACUUUCAGGACAUCCUGAAGGCGUAUGCGAGCCGCUUCCCAAACCAGGAGCACCAUCGUGCCUACACAGGAGACUACAAGAAGAAGUAAGAAGUUGGAAAAAGCAGUUGAACAAAUGACGAGUGGAGAAUCAGGACAGUGUGUGUGUGUGUGUGUGUGUGUUGUAAAUGGUGUUGACUGAGUUAAAUAUUCAUAUCAGGUGUAGAAAGAAGCAGAUCUUCAGCUCUGGUCAUGAGGAGCUCAGCAGUGUGGCAGCACUUAUGAGUGUAUUUUAUUGGUUUAAAGGUGAUUAAGGUUGUAAUGAAUAUCAGUUUAAUAGGUUUAGAUGAUUAAGAGAAGAUUCCUGGUGCAGUAGUUUUCCAUUAGUACUUCUGGAUCAUCUGAAAUCUUUUGAUGUCACUUGAUCUAUAAAUCUGACAUGUUGAGUGUUACAUCUUCACGAGUUGUUUUAUGGUCCUUUUUCUUUUUUCACUCUUUAUUUCUUUAUAAAUGGAUGAUGUUUACCGAGAGGGAUAUUUAAUAUCGUUCCCAAAAUGUCGUUCAUUUAAUGUGUUUAUAUGAAUUAUUAAAUAAAAUGCUU